UUAAACCCUAGCUAAAGUCUCUCCACGUUCACUGCUCUGCACACCCAUCCCGGAAAAUGGCUGCUCGGUACGGAUCGCUGUCGAGAUCACUGAUCCAGACCGCAAGAUCGUCCACGCUCCGUUCGUCUUCCUCAUCCCUCCACCGCGUGCGGCCUUCUCAGAUCCCCACCCUCCAAUCUCGCCGUCCUCUCUUCACCAUCUCUAGGAAUUUGGGGCAAUUGGGAUGCAUUCAGUCGCUCAUGCCGUUGCACAGCACUUUGGCUUCGUCCAGGCUCACUUCCCACAUGUCUCUCGAAGCGCGCGCUUACUGCGAGCUGUCUCAGGUCGCUAAAUGUUUGCUGCGAGCUUCGCUGGAGGGUAAACUUGCUGAUUGGAUUCCUUAUAUGGAUGCAUGUGAAAUGAAACUCUGUAGGGCAGGUACUUGAAGACGCCUCUAAAUCAGCACAGGAGGUGCUAAACAGUAUGGAUUCUGAAGUAUACUCUCUGGGGGGCUACUUUCAAAAGUAGAAUGCGUCAUUUGACUCUCUCUAUAAGCAUUUUUAUGUUUCGAAUUUAGUGUAUUGUAGAAAAUUCUUUGGAACGCUUUAGAACUAGGUAGGUUCAAGUUCGACCCGAUUAACUUUUGAAUCAUUUUUCGUCUUCCUUAACUUGCACCUAUAAACUGUCAGGGGUUCAGAGACAAAUUAGUUCCUGAGUGUGCAUCUUGGAAUUUCAGUAAAUUUCUUUCUUUGCAAUAAUGAGGAUUUUACAUGUUUAAUUCCAUGGAUCAACAGAAGAUGGCAUGAUGGCAUGGUUUCGGCUGCACUAUUCA